GCGUGCCUCGGUGUGACGGUGUCACGGCUCGUUGGCAGUCCGCAGCCCGGAUGGAGGCAGCUCGGUCCGCACGGCUGACCGUCGUACCUCUCGGCCCCGGUGGUUAAUAUGGAAUAUUUUCACCGAGCGAGCUGCCAGAUGCAUUUGCACCGGCGGAAAAAAGCAGCCCUGUAGUAGCGCAAAUUAGAAAAGCAGCUCACUUCGCCGUCCUUUAUGGCUUCUGGCUCCGGAGACGAGGAGGGAAACACGGAAGGCGCUUCAUGGAGGUUCAUAGGCCCAGCAGCGGUGCUCUCCAAGAAGCGCUGCCGUCUCAUGUACUCCUCCCUCGGCUACGACUCUGAUGUCUGCCUCUUCUACGUGAAGGGGGAGUUUUUUGCCAUGGAUGCUCGCUGUGCGCACUCCGGCGGUCCUCUGUGUGAGGGGGACAUCGAGGAGGCCGAUGGAGUCCUGCAGGUCUUCUGUCCCUGGCACGACUACAACUUUGACCUCAGGACUGGGAAGUCAGGGACCUCCUUACAGCAACAAGUGUAUGAAGUCAAGCUGGAGGAUGGCAACGUAUACGUGAAACAUGCCAGUCGUCUCUCCUUGGAGCCUUUUCCUGCGGAUCAGAAGAGUUGAGCAACCUUAGCAUGACCACCUCGUCCUCCAGCCCUUCGUGAAGCUGUUGUUGAGGUCUAUUUUUAAGACUUGUUCCACAAACCCAAGCCAUCUGAAACAUUCCUAAGCCUUAUCUGUCAUUUUCACAGACCAUUUCUACUUUGAUUGCCGUGAACUCAGGACGAUAUCGAGAGGAUUGUCUGAAGAGGACAUGACAUCAUGAGAUUGUUUCAGAGUUUUUCUUGUUGGCAUUCCAGGUAGAGAUAACACACCAGACAGUAGCAACACCAUGGAAACACAAAAUUUAAAUUUUCACAGCAGAUAGUAGAACAAACCAGCAUAUUUAAUCAAUGGCAGAACAGAAGUGAUUUUCCUAUACUGAUAAUUUUCUAGAUUUUUAAGGAUUCUUGAGGAAGGUAAUUAUUUCUGAUGAACAUGCCAUAGAUUGAAAUAUAUUCUGACAUUUUUGUCUUCCACUUGAGCAGUCAAACUUGCACUAGCCAUUACAUCUUAUGUUGAAACCUGCAAACUGCCAAAGUGGAUCUGAUAGGGUUCUCACGGUCAUGAAAUUCCUGGAAAAGUAUUGAAAUGAGAAAAACUGUCAUCCAGGCCUGGAAGUGGUUUGGAAUUAACAAAAUGUUUUGGGGGAGUUUUGAAUAUAUAUUGUUUUGGCUGUUGUUUAAUACAUGUUCAUAAAUAUCCGAAAACAUGUCUAAUGUUAUGUGAAAAAAGCUCCUAUGCGAAAAACGUCACUGGUAUCAUGUGGUACACAUAGACCACACCAGCAUUGUGCAAUCGCCAAGAUUACGCCCCUGUUUUGGGAGAAAAAAACGCAUCGUCACAUAAGAAGAGAAACAAGAAAAUGAUGAAAAGCUGUUGUGUAGUGGGUUAACAGAGACUCUCACAAUAAAAUAUGAGGCGUGUUAGAUUUGUGAGUAUUCACUGAUGCUGGUGACAGUUACUACUGAUGGAUAGCUAACAUUAGCUUGAGGCUGCUGCAGUACAGUCAUGCAGCACAGCAGCAUCAGACUUCAGCUAAAUCUCAUCCCAUAGAUCAAACUGUUGGCUACUAACUGGUUGCUUAUUUACAGACGACACUUAGCCUAACAAUACCUGGUGAUUGAAUCACCAGCUAUCGUGAUCUGGACAUCAGUACGUGAAUAGAUGUCUGAAAAAUCAAUAUCCGGCCAGUGUGUUGGUUCAUUGAUCUACUUGGAUGGGGGGAGACUAAAGGGACAUGAUUGCAAUCAACCAUAAUUUAAUAAGGUAUCACAGAUGCUCAGGUUCUGCAAAGUCACAAAACAAUUAUUAGGCAUAUCCAUCAAGUAAAUGUUUGUUUAACAAGAAAUAAAUGCAUACAAACAUGUCAAAAUUAUAAUCCAUCAUGCCAAAUUGCACUGACAUCUGUCUGAUCUUUGGCUUUCUAUCCCCCAAAAAGCAGCACGACCUUGAUGCUUUGGAAAGUACUCAUAUGUGCCAGUGCUGUCUAUUGGCAGAUGCAGCUAGUUCCUGAUGGAAAUGUCUAACGAGAGAGUAAAGGUAGCAAAUGCUAGUCAUUUGCUUUUCCACAAAUGCCUGGGAAGUGUGUCCUAACAUAGGUCUGCCCAUUUUAAACUGCUUACACAAAGUCAUGGAAAUUGAGUAAAAUAUUGUGGAAAAGUUAUUGAAAGUUAUUUGAAAUUAAUUGGUAAAAAUGUGUGGGAGCCUUGAUCUGAAAAUUCAUCUCAAUUCUCAAGCACGCUUCUUAUCCACCUAUUGCCAGUCUUGUCUCACUUGUCUGCACUAGCAAGCAGGUAAUUCUGUGUUGUCAUACAGAAAAUGUUCCCAACUGUGUCCUCAUUAAAAUACAAAAUGAUCAUUUGCAAAAAUCAAGCCAUAAUUGCAAUCGGGAUGAAUUCACAUGCAGCCAGAAAUGACACCUUUAUUUUUUGUUAUGCAGGAGGUAAAAGGAGUCACUAUGAUGUAUGAAAAAUGCAGUGCUAAUGUAGUAAUUUGUAAAUGCAGCUCAUGUGGACAACGUGCAGAAUGAAUAGUACAGAUGAGUGAAAAAUGAAGAUUUUCAUUCAAUAUUUUUGAAAAAAUAAGUAGAUCCUGAUUAUCAGUUGUGGUAGGUUUGUAAUUUUGAGUUCCCAACUGACGGCAGUGUAUUAGCAUAAGUAAUACAGCUCACCUUUAUGAGUAUAAAGCUUCCAGUGAUUGUCAGUGGAAGAAUUUGUAGAAUCAUGUAAUAGUGGAUGUGCCAUGACAGUUUCUUUCAGCAGCUAAUAUUUAAGCAAACUUGACAGUCUCGUGGUCAUUACUACCAAUAAUUAUCUUCCUUGUCUUCAAUAAGUGUUACCUGAAGCCUCAAACUUUUAAACUCGCACACAAGCUGAGUUGCGGUCUCUGGAUAAAUUUAGACACUUAUUCCAGUGAUGUCACACAACAGAAACUCCCUUUCAGAAUCUGUGUUUCUGGACAGUUUUUGUAACCCAAUUAGAGUUCCAACAAGCAGAACACACAUGAAGGGCACUGCAAUUACGAUUGGUGGCGGUCCCAGCACUAAGUCGUCUCCAUCAGCAUUUCUCUCCGUUCCUGGCCCGUGCACACACAGGUUUGUCUGUUGCUGACGCAAUGGGAUUCAAAAGGAAUGGUUAGUAAGGCGCCGGUGGAAGGUUCACGACCUGAAAUGCACCACUGACUCAAGAAAAAUGUGUUUUUCUAGCUUUUACAUGUGGCUGUGUGUGAGCACUGAUGCGAGUGUGUUUUCUUUAUUCCUUAGUGGUGAGACCAGUCACUCACUAUAUUUUCUGUCAGCUCCAUUUUCUGGCAGAGGCGCAGAGACCAGUCACGGAGGUGUCGGUGACAGUGCGGCUCAACACUCUCAUUUUCCUCCCCGCUGUGCUCCCCGCUGUACAACUUUAUUACAAUAAUAAUUCCACUGGCUACAUGAGGUAUGUGUGGUGUGCACUAUAGAUUUUCUGUGUGCAUUAUAACUCAUCAACUGGAGGAUAACAGGCGCACACUGUGGAGAAGAUAUAGCUAUUUUCUGUCAGUAGAAAAGUAAAAGUAAACAUUGUUUGAGAUUCUGCUCAGGUCAGGAGUGGUUUCUUGUAUUUUUAUAUCUUUUUAUUACAUCCCACGACUCUCAUCGAGAAAACCAGCAUCCAUGUCAGCCUGUUGCUAUAUGUUUCCUCAAAUUUAUUUCAUAUACUCGGAUAAUUUUAAUUCAUUAUAUGGCGUGUUUGUUUUGUGAAUUAUGUAUCUGAUCACAGAUGUCUGCAAACACUGUUACUUUAGUCAUACUUAUUUUAACUACCUAUCACUUGUACUGUAAGCUGCUGUUGUUUUGUUUAAUGUAAACUGUAUUUAUUGUUGUGUCUUAUGCAAAGCUGAACAUUUUAUCUGUAUUAUUUAAAUCACAAAUUAAACUAUUGUAUGUUAGCAACACUGAAAAA